AAAAAUUGUUUGUAAUUUGAUAUCUGUGCUUUUGAUUGUUGUGAAAAAUGUUUUAAUGCCUGGCCAUUGGUGGCAAUUCAUGCAUGGAUGAUUUCUUUGCUAUUUGUGACAAAUCUUUUUAAACCAAUGUCUACUAUGCGGGAGGAGCAACGUUCUAUUUUCAUUAUCGAUAUAAUUGUGAAAUUGACUUUUUACACCUUUUUACUUUAGAAGCGCUUCUGUACAUGUUUUCGUAGGAUUUUAAAACCAAUUGGAACGUAUAGCUAUUUAAGACUUAAUCAUAAUUAUAAUUGUGUGGUGAUUUUUUUCCUAAUAUUAAGAAUGAAAGUUCUAUAAGAAAAACAACAGGUGCCUUCUAAAGGAAUUUAAACUCUUUAACUAAAUGUGUGGUUUUAGAAUUAGAUGAAUUUUAUGAAAGUUAAAAGCAUCGAAUAGCACAGGUGUGUGGUUUUAACUGGACACUUAAGUGUCACUCGAAAGUUUCUUAAGGUACUACAACAGCUUUGUUAAGAGCUCAUAAUGUGUAAGAAUACUUCUAUACGACAUUGGAGAAAAAAUUCUAAAUAAUAAAAAUCGGAUGUCACUUGUUUUCAGGUGUGAAUUUCAAUGAUACAGAUUUAAUUAUGUAUUUAAAUUUGGAUAAUAACUCUUCAGCUUUGAAAAAUUGUCAAGAUUUUCCGUUCAAAGAAAACCUUGGAUGAAUUAGUUCUAUUGGUCUUGUUUUCUUGAUUUAGAAGUAAAAACACAGGGAAAUGUCGGGUUGUAUUCAGUGCCAAAUAAGUAAAUUUUACAAAAUAUUAAGAAUUGUGUUUUUUAUUUUAUUAUAUCUUGGAUUAUUGACUGAAGCAAAGAAACGAAAAGUGAGCAAUGAGACGUACGUUAUAGAAAGAUUAUCUAACUUAUUUGGAAUUGAUAAAGUUCCAGUGCGGAUUUUUAAUCGGUCUCCUCCCCAAUAUAUGUUGGAUUUAUAUAACAGUAUAACUGAUAGUGGUGGACUUUUAAAAAGAGAUAGUCCUUAUCAUGCAGAUGUGGUCCGUAGCUUUCCAGAUAGGCAAUGGACUCAAAAGAUGCAUUUUUAUUACAAUGUAUCAUAUUUAACAACGGAAGAAAAAAUAUUAGCAGCAGAAUUCCAUGUUUUUAAAUUACGACCAAAGCCUUCAUCGUCAUCAGAAAUCAUUCCAUCAUCCCAUGUUAUAGAGGUAAAAAUAUAUCAAGUUUUAGAUCCAGACAAAAUUUAUUCAGCUGGAGGUAUAAAAUUAUUAGAUGCCAAAAGAAUAAGUGUUCAUACUCAUGGCUGGUUAGUUUUCCAAGUUCAAAAAGCCGUGGAGCAGUGGGUAAAUGGCUCGUCGUUUAAUCAUGGCUUUUUGGUGACCACAACAUCACUGAGCGGCCAGCAUGUUAACGGAAGUUAUGUCCGAUUUGCCCAAAGGCGUGAACAUCACGAAAGUAAACAACCUAUCCUUGUUGUCUAUACAGAUGAUGGACAGUUGCGGCAUCCAAAUUAUAUAUCACCAAAUGAUGAAGAUUACCUUGAAAUAAAGAUGGAUAUAGAAAGACAGGAGAAGAAAAGGAAGAAACAAAUGAAAGAAGCAAUAAGAUUAUUAAACGAAAAAGAUCGUGAAGAAUUUGAAAAUGUACAUUUAAAUAAAUUACUUGGUAUGUCAAAAAGAACACGACGUAGUGCUGACACAGAAUCUAAGGAUAGUAAAAAAUCGAAACGUAAAGGAAAAGGAAGGAAGAAAAAGAAUAAAUUGUCCAAAGCAGAGAGAAGAGAAAGGAGGAAGAGAAUGCGAGAACAAAAGAGAGCAGAAAAGAGACGUUUAAAGAAUGAAGGAAAAUUGAAUAAAGAAAAACGUGGGUUAGAUUAUAUAUUAUAUGACAGAAGACGACGGAAUUGUGGAAAAAGAGAAAUGUAUGUAGAUUUUGAUGAAAUUGGGUGGUCUGGUUGGAUUAUUUCACCUAAAGGUUAUAACGCUUAUCAUUGCAAAGGAGAAUGCCCAUUCCCACUGGGACAAAGUCAAAAACCAACCAAUCAUGCAACAGUUCAAAGUAUUGUGCAUGCGUUGAAGGUUGGAAAAGAUGUCUCCACGCCAUGUUGCGUUCCAAAUAAAUUAUAUUCAAUAAGUUUGUUGUAUUUUGAUGAUGACGAGAAUGUAAUUUUAAAACAAUAUGAUGACAUGGUGGCUGCAAGUUGUGGAUGUCACUGAUACUCAUCUAUAUAUAAAUACUCAGUGUGUUUAAUAGCCAGCCGUCGCUUCCGUUAUCAUGGCUAUGGCUUAGAAUCACGAUGUUUUCGAUGGAGUGACGUCAGAAAAAAAUCAAAUAUGCCGAUUUUAAGAACACGUUUUUGCCGGCACAUUUUUAGUGUGAAGUCGAUGAAUUGUCGCUCAAAUGGGAUCAUAUAAGCCAAGAGUUAUUUGUUGAAAUACAGCUGAAGAGUGAACCUAGAUAUAGUUCAGACUUUUCGGCAGACAAUAAAAACUACAAUGGAGUACAAAAUGUAUCUGGCUAGCAGAUACAUAUACUACAUCAACCAAUGUUGACGACAUGUCGGCUAGAAACAGAAAAUAGAUUAUUUGUGGUAAAUGCUUUUAGGUCUUACCUUUUGAAAUAUGAUAGCACGUGUCUUUGAUGUAAAACUUAUUAUACAUCAGAUAAAAACUGAAAGUGCUCAUUUUAAUGUGAUAGUGAACGUUAUAAAUCAAGCUAUACGUGUUAAAUGUAUAGAGAGAACAGACAGAGGUUCUACCCCUUUCUUUAAUGGUCAAUCAAUGCCUCACUGGGUCGAAAAAAGACCUAUCAUUGUUGAAUUCAUCAAAGAUUUUAGUUGUGUAAAGUAAUGAGUUUAUGUAAAUAGAUAUAUGUAAUUCACUUGAUAAAGAAGAAGAAAACCAUAUUCGUUUCGUUUAUUUGAACAGGAGAGUUCAAAUAAUGAUAAAACUUUGGUUAGCUAGUAUGCUUAUCUGUUAAUUGUUUUUAUUCAUUUAUAGUCGCUCAGAAAGUUUGCAGACACGGAAGUCUGGUUCGUAUACUUAAUCUGACGAAUAAUACAUUUCCUAAACUUUCCACCAAUCAUCUCACUUUAGUCGAUCUUUUUAGUCUUUUCUGUCAAUGUAUAAAACUGCUGUUUAGUCGAUUGAACAAUAAUAUUAUCAAAAGAAUGAAGUUCAGGAUUUAUAGGUUUGAAAUGUAACAGGCAAAAAAUCACCCUAAUUUACCACCAUGUCUUGUCGAUCGAAGUUAUUUAUUGAUAUCAACUAGUAUAAAACAUAAUCUGGCUAUACCUUUAUGUCCCUUUGGUUUUAUUUGCUUUUCUUUUAUACAUUUUGAUAGAGUUCUUGGUAAAAUAAAGUAAACAGCCGAACUUCUAUUUCCUCUUGUUACUUUCUUUAAUGAUAAUUGUUUAAAUUGAUAUUAUUUUGUAUUUCCGUCGAUUUCUUAAAACGUAAACAUGUGAUACGAAGUCCUUGUUGUUAAAGUUUUACAUCUUUAAAGUGUGAAUGUGGCUUGAAUGAAUUUGCAAUUUCAAAGCUUUGUAGAAAUGGAGAAUGAUGGUAAAUAACCCUGUUUUCUUUUACAAAGAAAACUACGUUAAAUUCAUUGAUAAAAAACGAAAUUAAACGCUAUCUGUGAAAGCGAACCGUUUUUUAAAUUAAAAAUAAAGUAUGUAUUGUUAGUGUAUAGAUUUAGUAUAAAUGUGGGAAGCUGUGCCAGUAAAUUGUAUGUAUCCAGUUCAGUAUAUGUUAGAAUUUGUUGUUAUAUGUUAUAUUGUUUACUGAUGCUUUGUAUAAGUUUGUUUUGUUAUGUCAGUUAUAAUUUAAAAUGAAUUAAAACGUCAGAACUAA